ACUAGGGGCGAGCCGCGGGCGGGGCGCGGGGCCGCGGCCCCGGGAGCUGUCCAGGGCGGCCCGUGAGCAGCACUGCCCCGCGGACAGCUCACCGUGCCCCGGCGGGGUUCCCCCUUCUUGGCGGGGCUUGGAACCGCCUGACACGGCCCGACUCGGGCAAGGCCCCAUUUCGAAUGUUCAGCCGCCCGGCACCUCCCAGCGCGGCCUGACACAGCGCUGGCUGCCGCUCCGGUGCAGCGUCUCAGGGCAAAAGUGACAGGACGAGAGGAAAUGGCCCCAAGUUGCGUCAGGGGAGGUUUAGGUCGGGUAUAUGGAAAUUUUUUUCAUGGCAAAGGUUGUCAAGCACAGGAAUAGGCUGCCCAGCGAAGUGGUGGAGUCCCCAUCCCUGGAAAUGUUAAAUGGAGAUGGCACUUAAGGACAUGGUUUAGUGGUGAACAUGGUGCUGGUGCUGGGUUCACGGCUGGAGUUGAUGAUCUUAAGUAUUUUCCAACCUUAACCUUUAUCUAUGAAAAUGAUACAAAUUAUGUAUUCAGAUAAGACACCCACUCUUCUGUGAGCGCCCUUUCCCCUCAGGUUUGACCACGUUGCCACGGAGCUUUCUUAAAAAAACCCCGAGUUUGUGCUCAGCUCUGGAAAGUGCAGUGUAAUAUCACUGGGUCUGGCCAGCUCUGUGUAAAGGGGGCAUUUUGGACAGCUGCUCCACCCUGGGGAGCCCAUGCUGGUUUACGCUGUCCAGAAAUUAUGUCAGGGUAUGUCAGUCUCUUUUUCACAAAUGAACCAGUAUUUUAGCUCCAAAACCUACCACAAGCGGCAUAAAAUCUGUAAGAUGGAGGAAGCCUAUUGUGUAUUUUUUGGGGUGCAAGUAACCAUGUGCAGAACAGGAAGGGAAAAUAUUUACCAGAGAUUGCCCAUGUGUGUGGUGUUACUGUCGCCUGUGUCUGUGUGAGGACAGCCCAGUUUCUCCUUUCUUUUGAUUAUUUUGGCAAAUAGAUGUGACUAAAUGAUGACUAAAACAUCUGCCUCAGGAGCACUCUGCACCUGUUACCUAAUAUUGUAAGGCGACUUGAAGUGCUUUUGUACACAAGUUAUAAUGCUCAUGCAGUACAUAACAGCAUCUACAAGAACUACUAAUGUCAAUAAAAAGGAUCACUGGACUCUUCAGUUAUAUGAGGCUUUAUAUAAUGGGAUUGGCAGGACAAAUACUCUCAGAGAUUUCUUCAAAGCACAAACAGUGAAAAUUUGUACUUUGGAGUCUUUCAGAAGCCAUGAUUUUUUAUUUUAAAUUCCCACAGUGGAAGAAUAUUUCUGUCUUUAAAGGUAGUCUUAGGUAGGAUAACUAUUGAAUUUCAAAUUUAUUGAAAACCCUUAACUGUUCUGCUUUUAAAAUUUAAUUUACUUUAAUGUAAAAUAUAUGUUUUCAUGAUGGAGAAUGUUACUUUGUCUCUCAAAUUUGUCAGCUCUUUAAAAGAAUUUUCUGUUCUCACAAACUGGAUUUUUAAAAACAAAAGAGCUCCUAAAAUUGCUUAAUUGAACUCAUUACUGAAUUACAUACUUUUUUGUCUUCUCACAAAAGCCUGCACAUAAAUUUCUUUAAAUUUGUAGUUCAUAUUUUCAGAGCCUCCAUCACAGAGGGUUUUUUGAUCACUUUUAUACAUUAAGAUAAAAGUUGCUAUUGGGUCUCUUACAUAUUUUUUCAGUUCCAAGAAUACCACAUGUAGUUCUAUAUCCCAGAUGUUUCUUGUCAAUAUCUUAGAUAAAAUGGUUCUUUUAUACUGUUAUUUAUAUUGUAAGGUUUUAUGUGACUUGAAUCCCCAAACACUUUCUAGGCUUAUCUAAAAAUAAAAGUGGAAAAAACAACCCCUAAACUAGGAGAUGCAUGCUGACAAAAAAAAUGCACAUUGAAAUUCAGCUUUCAGAUGCAGCAAGACGGUGGCAGCUUCAAUCAAAUUGGCUGAACUGGGGAGAGCAUUAGCUCUGUCCUGACUGCAGCAAUGUGACAGUGGGGUUCAGAUUCUAUAUCUGACAGAAGGAGUUGCCAUAGAGAAAAGCUGCUGUGAGAAAGGUAAAAGUCAAGGAGAUGGUGCAGCUCUCCCAGCAACUUUUAAAUCAGGCAGCAUUUCUGUGACUAAGUGGUUCAAACCUGAUUUUUGAGAUCUGGUGAUGCCUCAGGAACAGGGAUCCUUCCAAGUCAGUGCUUGUCUGUAGCUGUAAAUUUUCCUGUUAGUUAUUUAGUGUUGGAAGAGGCAGUGAGAAGUCUUUAAAGCUGGAGGAUGAAAGGCUAAUAAAUUGUUUAAUUUGGGCCAUCACACAUUUUUGGAGGAGAAAAAAAGCACUGGAUUAAGUAUUAAAACAAUUACAGUAUUAUUUUCAUUUAAUAUAGCCUCUUGUGUCAAAAUUACUAAGAACCUGUAUCAAAGGAGAAAAGAAUUGAAGGGUCGUAUGAGGAAGAAAAGCCUAUGGUUUCCCUGAUGAGUGUUUUCUAUUAUUUAUUCUCCUUCAAUUGACUCUCUGGUAAAGCCUAUAAAUAAACAGAAACUGUUUUUUUAACAUUUAAAAUCUGAAGGCUCACUUCAAAAAGGCACUUCUGUUACUAACUGUACAAAUACAGGGAGUCUGACAGGUGAUUUUCUUGCUAGAAGAGCUCAUAAACCUGGGCAGGACCAUUUCAUUGCUGAUUUAUGUAGUGAAGGAUUGCAGUAAUUUCUGCCAGUGACUGUGUCCUGUUCAUGUUUUUCAAUGAACUUGACAGGACAUUUGUUCUUGUCAAAGUUUUUGAAUCUUAAAAAAAAUCAGGAACUCCUGUGGUUCAAGUCCACAGAAUGCAUACGGGGGGAAAAAAAAAGGAACAGAUCAGUAACCGAAGAUGAAAAAUAUCUUUUACGAUCUUGGUGUUCUUUGAGCAUUCCUGAACAGCAACAGUUUCCAAGAGGCCGCACUGUGGAUGUGUCACUUUGGUGGCCACAUGUCCAAUGUGACAAGAGUCGCAUUUUGUCAAAGACACUUUGUGUCAAAGCCAUACGUGUCUGUAUAGCUGCUGGCAGAGUCUGUCUAACAUGUGUCACUGUGGUGCAAAGAAUUCCAAAUAAAUGCUCCCGCAGCACGAGCAAGGGUGCUCAGGUGUGGGUUUCAGCUCCCCUUGGUGCUGGGCGGAGGUGCCGGCUGCGUCAGCGUUGUCAGAGCAGCGCCAAUGCCCCCGGGAAGGCAAUGAGAUUCAGCGGGAAAUAGCGUCUCCACGGCCUUAUCCACACGGUCAGCCGUAAGGUAGGUGUCGGGGGUUCACUGCCGCCUCCGCCCGGGACACGGAGCGCGGGGGAGCCGGGAGCCAGGCGAGAAUUGCCAAGGCCGCAGCAAGGCCCGUGUGUGGGACCCGAGGCGUCCCAAGGCCUGCGCUGAAGCAGGGUCGGGGCCACACACUCGGCACUUCGAGGUCCGCAGGCGGCCUCCUGCAGGCGGGGGGCCGUGACGCGGGCGGUGCGUCCCAGGCUGUGUCCGGAGCCCCGAAAGCGCCGCGGCCUCGGGGCUGCCGGCGGCGGGAGAGCGCGGGGCGGGCCCGGCCCGGGGCAGGAGCGCGGCCCCGCCCCGGCUCGAAGGUUCCCGAGGCCGCUCGGGUCAGAGCCGAGGGCAGCACCGGCAGCGCCCCCCGGGGGCGGUGCGGCGGGUCCGGUGGGUCCGGUGGUGCGGGAGGUGACGGGGCCGCGACCGUAGUUCGGCGCAGAAAUGGAGGGGAAAAAACUUAUUUCUGCAACAGACACACAAUAUUCUAGCGUGCUCCUUCAGUCUUUGAAUGAGCAACGUGGCCAUGGACUUUUUUGUGAUGUUACAGUCAUUGUGGAAGACCAGAAAUUUCGAGCUCACAGAAACAUCCUUUCAGCCUCAAGCACAUAUUUUCACCAGCUUUUCUCAGUGGCUGGUCAAGUGGUUGAACUGAGCUUUGUAAAAGCAGAAAUUUUUGCAGAAAUUCUUAAUUAUAUUUAUAGUUCCAAAAUAAUCAGUGUUCGAUCUGAUUUACUUGAUGAAUUGAUUAAAUCAGGGCAGGAGCUGGGUGUUAAAUUCAUAGCUGACCUGGACAUACCUCUGGCCAAAGGCAAAAAUGUGCCAAGCGAGGUCAAAGACAGUGCUUCAGAAACUUCAGCUUCUAGUCCAAAUCAAAGAGAUGCUGAAACACAGGUAACUGUAAUCAGGCCAGAGGGUCAAGAGGCAACAGAUGGGAUGCCAGUUAUAACACAGUCAUUCUCCUUACAUGGCAUAGAAUAUGAGACUACAAAAAUUACAGUGAGCAAUGAGGAUGAUGAGGAUGAUGAUGUAAUUUUUUGUUCUGAGAUUGUUCCUCCAAAAGAAUGUACUAAAGAAAAAAAUGCUGCAAGCCAGAACCAGCCUUGCUCAAGUCCAGCUGGAGCUUCUGACCAAAAAUCCUGUGGUAGUGGUGGCUCUCCCCAUUUGACGAACACCACAGCAGCUCAGAACCUCACUUUGUCUGCCAGUCAGUUAAGCCCAAACCAAACACAAUCAGGUGCUGAAUCACUUGUCUUGGCAACACAGCAGCAUUUUACUCCUAAUAUCAUUGUGCUAAACAAGCCACUGCUUAACUCAUCACUUGGUGCCAGCUCCUUGCAUCAAAGACAUGUGACUCCUACAAUUAAUUUACUUGAGGAGAACCAGCAGCCAUCCAAUAAUGGCUCCAUAACUGAAGUGGAAGCAACUGCUGUUGAUGAUGAAGAGGUUGUUGAAGAUGAUGUUGAUAUCAUUAGGUCCUCUAGUCCUGGUUCGGUCAGCAGCAGGUCUUUAGUUGAGCGACCUUCUGUUCCUAAGGCAGUGAGCACUGAAGGAUCAGGUGUACAGAAAAAACAGGUUGUUACAUUUUCACAAGAGCCAUCUGCUAAACCUGGAGAAUUUAAAAUAAAAAUCUCAGACGUCCUUUCUGGAAACAACAAGGAAUUAAGUUCGGGUCUAGCAUCAAAGAAUGUGGCAGAUGGGCAGAAAAUCAUAACAUUAGAUACAGCAACUGAAAUAGGAGGCUUAUCCACAGGCUGUAAGGUUUAUGCAAAUAUCGGUGAGGAUACCUAUGACAUAGUCAUCCCUGUGAAGGGUGAUUCUGAGGAAGGGGAAGCCAAGCCUGAUGACACACCCAAAAAGUCUGGUGAUGAAUCUCCAAAGGGGAAACGCAUGAAAGUAAAGCAUGAUGACCACUACGAGCUCAUAGUGGAUGGCAGAGUCUACUACAUUUGUAUUGUGUGCAAGAGGUCGUACGCAUGUCUGACGAGCUUGCGGAGACAUUUCAAUGUCCACUCCUGGGAGAAGAAGUACCCGUGUCGCUACUGUGACAAAGUUUUUGCUCUUGCAGAAUAUCGUACCAAGCAUGAACUUCACCACACUGGGGAGCGAAGGUACCAGUGCUUGACAUGUGGCAAAUCUUUCAUCAACUACCAAAUUACGGCCUCCCACAUAAGAUCAGUUCACAGCCAAGACCCUUCUGGAGACACCAAGCUGUACCGGCUGCACCCCUGCAAGUCCCUGCAGAUCAGACAAUACGCCUACAUUAGUGACCGCUCCAGCAGUGUCCCGGUGAUAAAUGAGGGGGGAAUUGUCUAUCGUGUUGGCUCAGGGAAGGACGGCACUGAAGGAACAACAUCUAACUCUCCAGCCAAACAAAUCACCUGGGAUGACAUUUUUGUUCCACAGGGAAAUGAAACAAUUUUUAAACAAAACCUGUCAGAGGGAAGUACUGAAUUUGAGUUUGUGAUACCAGAAUCUUACUGAAAUGUUUGAAAUGCUGGAAAAUGGAUUCAGUGCAGGAGCAUUGAAGCUGUUUUAACUGAACUUUAGAAAUUGCUGUAAAAUGAAAGGUUAGUCAAAAGAAGUUAACUUGUUCUAAAAAGUCACCAAAUGGUAGCACUUAGAUGGACAAUGCUAACUGAAGUGAUUUUUGGAAGCAAUUAAUCAGAAAAUUUACUUCAGUAGAAAGUAAGAUUUCUAAGGCACUAGCAGUGUUUUCUGGUAUGUUAAAUUUGAUCAAAACAUGAGGAUUUGUGGCUUGAAAAUGUACAAUUCCUUCUAAACAGCUAGAAAUAUUUCUAAAAUAAUUGAGGUGUUUCCUGUACCCAUACUUACCAUGUAAACCCUUUCUUUCAUGUUAGCACUUUAAUGCUGAAUUCUGUUUAAAUGUUAAACAAGAAAAGUUAGAUUUUUUUCAUCAUAGUCUCUUGGUCAUGGAACUAUUUAAAAAAAAAUCCCACAACUUGUGAACAAGGGGCCAAAAUACAUGAUCCCCUACUACACUGGAGUAGUCUGUUUUUGAGCUCUUAAUUCUGCUUUUAUAAAUAUUAUGAAUCAUCUGUCUUCAUGCAAAAAGUCUUGUCAACAAGCAAUACUCAAUUAGGGCUAACUUGAACAAACUUUACUUACAGUUGGCAGUAUGGUGAGCAAAGUAUUCAGUGUCCUGGAGCAUGAUGUUUUACUCUUUGCAAUGGGUAAAAACCAAACCCCACAAAGCUCAAUAGUGAAGAAACAGAACACUUAGGAAGGAGAUAAUUUUACCUUCUUAAAGCUUGAGAAAUAUUGUUGCAUUUUCUUACUGCUGGAAAAAAUGCCAGUAGUUAGUUUGAUAUAAAGUGCUGUUCCUUUUGUUUUCCUUUUUUUUUUUUCCACUUCAGGAAGAAGGGCUUCAGUCCAGAAUUUAAAAAUUUAUGAUAAAAAUAUUAUUUGUUUUUGCUGAAAGCUUCUCGAAACUACAAAUUCAUGUAAGUGCUGUAUUGGUUUAGUACGGAGACUGCUGAAGAUCUUGUAUGCCUGCCUGUUUGGCUAGAUCUUCAAGUGAAAAAGGGAUUUGGAUUCCACCACCCCCCCCCCCACUUGCCCCCAUUUAUACACUUUAGAAGAUGAGAACUAAAUCAAUAACCAGAAAAUACCCUUUAUUCACCAUGAUCCAAAGUAUAAAUUCUCUGCAGUUGUCUAGUUAGCUGUUUCCAGGUUUGGGUUUAUUAUGUGGCUGUUUUAUUCUCCUUGCAACUGAUGCCUGUUUAAGCAGUUAAAAGAUGAAUUAGAUGUCCAACUUAAUCAGGAAAUGGUAGAGAAAAACAGCUGUUUACUGGAGUUAGUUUAGCAUUUCAGAGUUAGUUACUUGUUGAUUUUUGUAAAUGAUAAUAUGAAAACUCCUCAAGUUCUAGAGGUGACUGAGAAAGACUGUUGUGCAUAGUACUAGUUAUGGAAACCUUUCAUUGCUUAUAUUGCAGUUACAGGUUUCUCUUUUUAUGUUUUAAGUUAGCAUCUUGAUGUUAUGACUUUCAAAGUUAAAGGUUUUAGACAUACAAUACUCAUCACAGAAAGGCACUUAAAUGGUAAAUGGUUCAAAUAUAAGUUGAACUACAAAACGAUACCAAAAAUCCACAUGAGCAGUGAUGGGAGGAGGAUUUGUUUAUGUGGUGCAUAUAAUGCUCAGCACUUCUCUUUUGUCAGCCAAGAAUAUGAUAUACCUGAUUAUUUCCAGAUCGUAUUGCAGACCCCUUUGAAUACAAUGGGUCAUGCUUUAAAUGUGGGAUGUAACUGAGGUGGGAUUUCUGCAGGCAUUAUCCUAAUGUGACAUGAGUGUGGAUUGCCUGUGUCGGCUCAGGUGGCUCAGCCGCAGCUGGCUGGUGCUGUGGUGAGACUUCCUGAACUUUGUGGCGAGACAAAUGCAAUGUUAUUUUUGUUAUUGACAUGACACAUGUUUAAUCACAAAAUAGUCUUGAGUUGGAAGGGACCCACAAGGAUCACUGAGCCCAACUCUUAAGUAAAUGGCCUGUAUGGGGAUCUGAAAUUAAGCAGAAUUAAACAUAAUGGCUAUCACUAUUUGCUGCUGAUAUAUUCAAAACCUUAAAUUAAACUGUGUCUAGUAAAGGUCUCUUUUUGGAGGAAAACUGGAAAAUUAGGGCUUUGUUACUAUUUUUGCUAGAAGACAUGUGCUUGCAUGUGUCUCAGGGUCUUCAGUUUUCCUUGGAAGUGAUUUUUUGAUAUCCAAAGUCCAGAGGUAUGUAAAGCAUUUUUAAAAUUUCAUUUCUGAUAUUUAUUGUUUUGGAAACAUGUUAAAUCCAUUCUUUGAAAACUUUUUAUGGGGCCAUGAGUAAGCUUUUAUAUUUAGAUUUCUGGCUAUUGCACUUAUAUUUGUGUUUUUGUUUGUUUUUGUAGCCAUUUAACUUCCAGUUUAACCUAAUGAAAAAAAUUAUGUAAAUAUUAAGAAAUUGGCUUUGGGAUAAUGGAAGAAAAAGGUUGAAUCUGACAAAGCAUUUAUAGAGAAAUGAAAAAAUUCAAAAUUUAAAAAAUUUCAUUUAUUAUGCAUAUAAAACCAUUAACAGAUCUGCUGCAGAAUAUGGUAAUGGUGGCUGCAUUCUCACUGUCUGGUUUCUUUGGGGAUUCAUACCAUAACAUUCCACUAUGUGAACUAAAUAAAUAUUGAAUAACAUCUACUGCUUAUUUAUUUUGUUCUGUUAAGGCAUGCAGUUUAUAAAAAGAUGCAGAAGCUGACAACUAUAUACAUUGAAUUCUGAGUUCUACAGGUAGUGCCUAGGAAAUGUUCUGUGUGAAACAUUCCUUGGUUUUUCCCGGUCUGUGAUGUAUAUAGUCGUACAGUCUUUCCUUAACAUACUUUUUCAAGCUGUGUUCUACUUUUCAUUAAUCAAUACAUGAUAUUAGUUCUUAGAGCUUUCUAUGGCAAAAAUAAAAAAGUUUAAUACUCAA